CUGUGGAUAUGGAUGUAGAGCUCUCAGCUAGUUCAGCAGCUGAGUGCUCAUCUACCUGUGUGCUACCAUACUUUCUGCCAUGAUAGCAAUGGACUCAACCUCUGAGACUAUGGUCUUUGGCUCUUGGAGGGAGCAUUGUCAUCUCAGAUGGGAACUUUUCGUUUAAAUUCUAUGUGUGCCGCCCCGCCGAGGUGCCGUCUGCCUUCUGCUGCGGGAGCUAGGAGCGCCGGGCAGCACGGCUCCACCAUGGCCCUGACCCUGUUCGAUACAGAUGAAUAUAGACCUCCUGUUCGGAAAUCUUACUUAUACCAGCUGCAGCAGGAAGCCCCUCACCCUCGAAGGAUCACCUGCACUUGCAAGGUAGAAAACAGACCAAAAUAUUAUGGAAGAGAGUUUCAUGGUAUGAUCUCUAGAGAAGAAACUGACCAGCUCCUGAGUGUGGCUGAGGGGAGCUACCUCAUCCGUGAGAGCCAGCGGCAACCUGGAAUGUACACUUUGGCUUUAAGAUUUGAAAGUCAGACUAGAAACUUCAGGCUGUACUAUGAUGGAAAGCACUUUGUUGGGGACAAACGCUUUGAGUCCAUCCACGAUCUGGUGACUGAUGGCUUGAAUACUCUCUAUAUUGAAACCAAGACAGCAGAAUACAUUGCCAAGAUGAUGAUAAACCCAAUUUAUGAGCACAUAGGAUACACAACCUUACACAGAGGGCCAGCAUACAAACAGCACAUGGCAGUCCUGAAAAAGACACACGAUAAGAAAGAGGCUACAGGCCAGAAUGAGGUAUCAAACAAAAGGUUGACAUCACUUGUUAGAAGAGCAACUCUGAAAGAAAAUGAACAAAUUCCAAAAUAUGAGAAGGUUCACAAUUUCAAGGUUCGUAUGUUCCGAGGGUCACACUGGUGUGAAUAUUGUGCCAACUUCAUGUGGGGCCUCAUUGCUCAGAGAGUGAAAUGUGCAGAUUGUGGGUUGAAUGUUCACAAGCAGUGUUCCAAGAUGGUCCCCAAUGACUGUAAGCCAGACCUGAAGCACGUGAAGAAGGUGUACAGCUGUGACCUAACAACGCUCGUGAAAGCUCACAUCACCAAGCGGCCAAUGGUGGUAGACAUGUGCAUCAGGGAGAUUGAGUCCAGAGGUCUGAAAUCUGAAGGACUCUACCGAGUGUCGGGAUUUAGUGACCUAAUUGAAGAUGUCAAGAUGGCUUUUGAUAGAGACGGUGAAAAGGCAGAUAUUUCUGUGAACAUGUAUGAGGACAUCAACAUUAUCACUGGGGCACUUAAACUGUACUUCAAGGACCUGCCAAUUCCCCUCAUCACCUACGAUGCCUACCCCAAGUUCAUAGAGUCUGUCAAAAUUAUGGACCCUGAUGAGCAAUUGGAGACCCUUCAUGAAGCACUCAGAUUUCUGCCGCCCGCCCACUGCGAGACGCUCCGGUACCUCAUGGCACACCUCAAGAGAGUGACCCUUCACGAGAAGGAGAAUCUGAUGAGUGCAGAGAACCUUGGUAUUGUGUUUGGUCCAACCCUCAUGAGAUCACCAGAGUUAGACCCCAUGGCCGCCCUGACUGACAUACGCUAUCAGAGACUGGUGGUGGAGCUGCUUAUCAAAAAUGAAGACAUUUUUAAUUUAGAGUUUUGACUUGAGGAGAAAAGAAAUGGUUUACAGAUGAAGGAAUGUUUUCUAGUAAUUUAAUUAGCUUCAUUAGCUGAAUUGUUUCUUGGUUAGAGGUUUGGCCAAAUACCCAGAUUAAAAUGAAGGAACUUCCUGUCAUUUCUUUAGCACUGCUCAGCUGUUUUUGUAAAACUGUGAACACACACUUUCUGGUCCUGGUAAUCCUGGAUGUUUAUCAUGUUAAGAGAAACUCAAGCUACUGCAUGAUUACCCCUUUUUGGUGAGGAAACCCCAUAUUGAGGAAUCACAGACUUGUGCCUGCACCAUCUCUCUGUCCUGGGUUGUCUGUGGUUGUCACCCAGCAUACUUCCCAGAGUAAACUGUCAUGACUUUAAAAAAA